AUGCUUGUGCUCCCUACAACUUCGCAUCCAAUAAAAUUCCUUGUUUCUUACAUAAACUACGAAGCUCAGCUAAUUUAUGUGCAAGACCCUGAAAAUUGCCUUCCGAACAAGUUUCUAAAACUCAACAAUUUGUCAAUUCAACCUUACCACUUAUAUGACGGAGUAGCACAAAACAUCAACUACUUCAACUGUUCUUCAGUUGGGCAUCCACACCUGAGAAACAGCAUCCAGUCAUCCUCAGAUUCACAGGAUAUGAUUUCCUGUCCGAUUUACGUUUCUAAUCCCUACGACAGUGUCCUUGAAUUGGACCUUGUAUCCUGUACCAAGAUGUUCCACGUCAAUGCAUCGGUCACUGUGAACGAGCUGCAGAUUAAUAUGUUGAGCAUGAGGUGGUCCAAACCAGACUGUAGUGAGUGUGAAGAGAAGGGAAAGAGAUGUAAAUGGAAGAACAACAGCACACAAGGUGAUAUUGAAUGUUUUGACUGCAAAGGCAAACGGAAACCAAUCCACAUUCCAACAUCUUUUAUUUUCUCAGCUACAGGUUCAAUUCUGUUGGGGCUGGUGCUUAUUACAGUCUUUAAGAUCCAUCGCUAUUUUAGAAAGAAAGAAGAAGAUCAGGCAAGAGUGGAGAAAUUUUUAGAGGACUACAGAGCAGAAAAGCCUGCAAGAUUUUCCUAUGCUGAUAUAAAAAGAAUGACGAGUGGUUUUAAGCAAAAGUUAGGGGAAGGAACUCACGGAGCAGUUUUCAAAGGAAAACUCUCCAAUGAGAUUCUGGUGGCUGUGAAGAUCCUCAAUAGUACUGAGGGAGAAGGGAAAGAUUUCAUCAACGAAGUUGGUAUUAUGGGCAAAAUCCAUCAUAUCAACGUGGUUCGUUUGCUUGGCUUCUGUGCAGAAGGACUUCAUCGUGCUCUUGUCUACAAUUUCUUUCAGAACGGUUCUUUACAAAACUUUAUAUUUCCACCAGAUAACAAGGACCAUUUUCUCGGUUGGGAGAAGCUGCAACAAGUUGCACAUGGCAUAGCUAAGGGGAUUGAGUAUCUUCAUGUAGGUUGUAAUCAUCCAAUCCUUCACUUUGACAUCAAUCCUCACAAUGUGUUACUUGAUGACAACUUCACUCCAAAGAUUUCUGAUUUUGGUCUGGCCAAAUUGUGUUCCAAGAAUCCAAGUCUAGUGUCCAUGACAGCUGCUAGGGGAACCUUGGGAUACAUUGCACCCGAAGUUUUCUCCAGAAACUUUGGGAAUGUGUCUUAUAAGUCUGAUAUUUACAGUUAUGGAAUGUUGUUGCUAGAAAUGGUUGGAGGAAGGAAGAACGUAGACAUGUCAUCUGAUCAAACAAGCCAAGUUCUAUACCCAGAUUGGAUCCAUAACUUAAUUGAAGGAGACAUACGUAUCCAUAUUGAGGAACAAGAUGAUGCUAAAAUUGCAAAGAGACUUGCAAUUGUUGGACUUUGGUGCAUUCAGUGGAGACCGGUGAACCGUCCAUCCAUAAAGAAUGUAAUACAAAUGCUGGAAACAGAAGAGGAAGACAAGUUAAGCGUGCCUCCUAAUCCAUUUCACUCAACCACUUCCAUUACUACUGCUACUGAACUCACUCUGCUAAGACAACCUUUAGAGUUGGAAGUGAUUCAGGAAUGAGGGUGGAUAAUAACUUUUAGACUCGUCAAAGUUUUAAUGAUUUAUUCUCCCUGGGAAAAAAAUAAGUAUUUUAAUUUGUGGAAAA